AUGGGCUUCGUGGAGCCCCGCUGCUGCCCAACCAUGCUCACGGGCACCGAGCCGAUGCCCGCCGGCGACGAGGGCCGCGCGCCCGGCCCCGCCGACCCGCACAGCCGCUACUUCUACCCGGAGCCGCCGCCUCCAGCGCCACCGCAGCCGGGCACGCAGGACGAUCGCCGCGCGGGAGCCGGCCUCGGGGCGCCCUAUGCGGGGGGCACGCUGGUGCCCGCGCCCCCAGGCCGCUUCCUCGGAGCCUACGCGUACCCGCCGCGGCCCCCCGUGCCCGGCUUCCCUGGCACGGCCGAGCAGCCCUACCCGCCGACGGCCGGCCCCGAGGGGUACCCGCCCGCCGACGCCUAUGCAGCCCCCGACCCCCGCGCCGGCUUCUACCCCGGUCCCCGCGACGAUUACGCGCUGCCCGCCGGCCUGGAGGUGUCGGGGAAGCUGAGAGUGGCGCUCAACAACCACCUGUUGUGGUCCAAGUUCAACCAGCACCAGACCGAGAUGAUCAUCACCAAGCAGGGCCGGCGGAUGUUCCCAUUCCUGUCAUUUACUGUGGCUGGACUGGAGCCCACCAGCCACUACCGGAUGUUCGUGGACGUGGUCUUGGUGGACCAGCAUCACUGGCGGUAUCAGAGCGGCAAGUGGGUGCAGUGUGGAAAGGCAGAGGGCAGCAUGCCAGGAAACCGCCUUUAUGUGCACCCCGACUCCCCCAACACGGGUGCCCACUGGAUGCGCCAGGAAGUGUCCUUCGGAAAAUUGAAGCUCACCAACAACAAGGGGGCCUCCAACAACGUGACACAGAUGAUUGUGCUUCAGUCCCUGCACAAGUACCAACCUCGGCUGCACAUCGUGGAGGUACGGGACGGCGAGCCCGAGGGCCCAGGUGGGGAGGCCAGCACGCAUGUCUUCACCUUCCAGGAAACGCAGUUCAUCGCUGUCACUGCCUACCAGAAUGCAGAGAUCACGCAGUUGAAAAUCGAUAACAACCCUUUUGCCAAAGGCUUCCGGGAGAACUUUGAGUCCAUGUACGCUUCUGUGGACACCAGCGUCCCCUCCCCGCCUGGACCUAACUGCCAAUUUCUCGGGGGAGACCACUAUUCCUCUCUGCUUCCCAACCAAUAUCCAGUCCCAAGAAGUUUCUACCCCGAACUUCCCGGGCAGGCCAAGGACGUAGUACCCCAGUCAUACUGGCUGGGCACCCCCCGGGACCACGGCUACGAGACAGAGUUCCGAGCGGUCAGCAUGAGGCCGGCACUCCUGCCCUCGGCCCCCGGGCCCCCUGUGUCCUAUUACCGAGGCCAGGAGGUGCUGGCACCUGCAGCUGGCUGGCCCAUGACUCCUCAGUAUCCACCCAAGAUGGGCCCGACCAGCUGGUUCCGCCCCAUGAGGACACACUCCAUGGAAGCCGGCCCUGGAGCUUCUGACGGACGGGGGCCCGAGGACCAGGGCUCCCCAGCAUUGUGGACUGAGAUCACCCCUCUUCGGCUUGAGUCCAGUGACUCAGGACUGGGUGAAGGAGACUGUAAGAGGAGACGCGUGUCCCCCUAUCCUUCCAGCGGGGACAGUGCCUCGCCAGUGACGGCCCCCUCGCCCUUUGACAAGGAACCCGAAGGCCAGUUUUAUAACUAUUUUUCCAACUGA